CCUUUCUCCCGCUGCUAAAGAUGUGGCUGAACAAACUAACUCAGGUCAUGUGCAACACACACCGACUGGAAGUGCGAGAAAGAAGCGAAAAGAAGGUGUUGUAAGAAAAGAAGAUGUAUCUAUGGCGCUUCUCCAUCGCCAUAAUCCUCGCCUUGGUGUGGUAUUUUUCAGACAGCGGCCGCGCAGUCACACAGUACUUUUUAUGUUUCCUCUUCUGUUUUACAACUCAACUAUCACUCGCAAACAGUGGACGAGAGAGCAGCACUCAAACCGAUGAAGAAACCAAGGAACAUCCUCUCGAGGAAACUGUUGAAGAAGACCUGUUGGAUGGAGAAAGCAGUGAGCAGGCAGAACCACUGGAGUGUCAGUAUCCACACGUGAAGAGGUCUCUACAGCAAGUGUUUGAGUGCGCCUAUGCUCAGCUGGUCCUGUCUUGGUACAAGGUUCCCGAGCCACGCGAGCACCAGCCUUUGCACCAGGUGCUCAGCAGGGAAUUCGACUUCGUAAUCGACCGCAUCAUUGAGAGAGCCAAAGACUUUGAUGUCUGCCAGGCGGUCGUGGGCUCCAUUCGUAUUUUGACCCAGCACUUGCACAACGCAAAGCAGUCGGACAGAGAGCUCUUGUUCCGCUCCAGAGCAGAUGAGAUUGCAGCUCUCAGAGAGUUUUCCGACACUCUUGUACGUAACCUUUUUCCCGAAUCUCUCUGGGGCCAAGAAGUCAACCGCUGUGCCUUAAAUGAGAUUGUUGCCUUAAAGGGGUUGGGCCUGUUAGUGACGUGGCUGUCGGACCCGGACAACCUGAACCAGCUGGUGCUGAGCCAGCUCGACAGCGCAACCCCCAAAGGCUCUGUGGAGGAGCUGUGUGGAUCAGACCCGGACCAAGCCUCUCUGGCUUCGCAGGAGGGCAAAUGCGAGGGCAAAGGCAGUGAAGUGAGUUUGGAGGGAGCAGGGAUUUCAACAAGCUCCAGGAUCAAGGACAAAAGGAAAGCCAACAAGUUGAAGGAAGGAUGGUCAAAAUUUGUGGACAAGAUGAAGUCCAAGAAGGCCAAGAAGAAGAAGAUGAAAAUGAUGGAGCAGGAGCUGAUGAUGAGGAUCAUGGUGGCCCAUGAUAACGUGUCCAACGAGGACGCUGUCAGCAGCAGGGAGGGCUCCAUUCACAGCCAGCAGGACUCUGACAGGGAGGACAGUGAUCUCAGUGAUCUGGAGAGCUACUUGACAAGCGUACAAGAGGACAUGAUGGAAUUCAAGCUGUCAUAUGAGAUGUGGCGCGUUGGCCGCUGGGCUGUCAGCAUCCCUCAUGUCGACUGGGAGGAUGAGGAGCUAAUCUUCACCGUACAUCUGGAGGAGAACGACAGCCCGGAGAACCUGCAGUGGGACAUCAGGAAGACCUACAUGGAUGUGAUAUAUUUUCGCAACCGAUGGCAGGACUCAACCAGUCUGUCCACAAUCCUGGUACUGGAGGAGUCGGAGGUCAACGAUGAGGUUAAAGAAGAAGUGAGAGUAUCUGUGGAGCACUUUCUGCAGGAAUUAGUUUCUGAUAAUCUGAUCGGCCACACUCAGCCGGUUUUUCAGUUCCUCUGCCCGCUUGAUAAAUUGCUGAAUGAGGAAGAACAUUAUGGAGGCGUGUGGGGCCUUCUCAGCGGCCUGGCCUACUUCCUGACUCCAGGACAGGAGGAAGAAGAGAGCCCUAGCCCUCAGACAGAAGCCUCUAAAGAAAUCAUAAUGCCAUCUCCACUCCCAGAAUCCACAGCUCAGCCGUCAGAAAACUCAGGUGCCUUUACUCAGAAUGGCAGUAAUGUUGCCGGGGCUCCUCUCCCAACUAUCGUUAUCUCCCACUGUGAUCCCCCUUCAGAACCGCCGGAGGAAGCAGAAACAGAAAAGGAAACACAGUCUGCUGUUCACUCAGAGUUUUCAAAUGCUGAAAACUGUUCCCAGGACAAAAUAGAGGACUCUGAUAAUCCCUUAACCUCUCACUUUAAAACCAUCUUCAGAGGACUGACCCGGUCCAAGUCACAAGAGUCUCUGGCCUCAACAAAAACCAGCGGUGAUGGAGACCCGCCUGAUUCAGACUCCACUCCACACUGCAGACAAAUAGGAAGCUCACAGGGGGAGAGCGCAGAGAGCCCGUCAUGGCUUCAUUUCAGCGCAAGGUCGAAUAAAAAGGAGAAAAUAUGUUUCAAGAUGUCAGGUGGAGCGAACAAAUCUAAAGGGAAGGAGCAGGGCACUUUGCCAAGAGGGGAGGACUCCCAGGGUCAGAAGAGCCAAGUCAACUGGGAGCAGCUGGAGGCGACCAAAGCCAUAUUUGAUCUGCUCAAAGAGAUAUCUGGAAACUCCAUCCUCAUAAACAUAUUUGAUGCCAUUCUGAAACCCGUUAUGCCCAUCUUGAAAAAGAAAGUGAACUCCUUCUUAAACAAGAUGAACCCAACAGAAGCGCAGAUGGCUGCGUACAUCGACACUCUGCGAGAAAAACAGUGGCCGGAGUUUCAACCAGCAGCACCUCCUCCUCCUCCUCCACCUCCUCCUCCUGCUCGCACGGACGAGGAGAAAAGCGAGACCAGGGAGCGAGCACAUAACCUCAUCAAUGCCAGAUAUUCAAACUAUCUUGUCCUGAAGAAGACGGACAUGGAGUCUGUCUUUAAUCUUUUCCAGGACAGCGAAGAAAACAAAACGCUGGUAUAUAUGCUUCUGUCAUUCCUUUUGAAGGAAUUCUUUCCCAGUGAGCAUUCCCUAAAUGUGAGUGCUGCUGCCUUACUGAAAGUGACCAAUUCUACCAGCUGAUCUGUGAAUCUUUGAUAGCUUUUUUUAAUGGUACUUGUUUGACAUUUUAGAAUAUCAAAUUAUUUAUUAAAUGUUUUAAAAUGCCAUAGAAUAUUUGAGACCACUUCUAUAUCAGUGUCAAACAUCCUUUUUCUGCAUUUUUACCUCAAACAUACUGUGAAUUCUUCCUUUGGUUUUUAUUUUGUGAAGUUUAAACGCUUUUGUACAUGUUCACUUGUCAAUGUGGUGGAUCCCAGCUUUGCAUAUUGAACUUUUAUUGUUAAGCUCAGAGGAGAAUAUAAAGUAUAUUUCAUAUUUACAGUUUGAAUUUCACCCCACAAGUUUUAAUGUAACAGAAUUAGAAUAUUUCUGAAAUAUUUUAUGUCACUUUGAGCACUUUUGUACGGUGAGUGUUUGUAUACUGAAUGAUUUCACCAAAGUUUUAUAAAAAUAGAAUAUCUCAUCAUCACUACUCACAUUAAUCUGUCAAAACAUAGAUUGCACCACUAUCAAAGGAAAG